AUGUCCGAUUCAAAUCAACACUACCAACAACAGCAACCAUCUGCGCCAGAAGACCUCGGCUCACCUCGCCCAGGUACUGCAAGUACUGUGCGAUUCGGUGACGAUAGGGUGGCCCGCAUCAGUCCCAGAUCAGACGACACCGUCAGACGACUUGCAAGUGACUAUGCUGGACCAGCACCGACUCCGGGCCUAGACGACUCGCCCUAUGUUCGCUUCGCUAUAGACCAGCUUACCCGCGAUGAAGAAGUCGGAGGUCCUCGAAGACAGGAUUCGGUCUCCACCAACCAAGACUAUCCGACAGAUCGCCUAGUUUGGGAUCAGAGUCUGGGCUAUUUUACUCGUGCUCGCACGCCUGCUCGCACGCCCAUUCAACACACAGAGACACCACAACGACCAAACUUCAAAUCGCCAUCCCCUCAAGCACUGCCUCAAAGGCCGGAUUCGAUCGAUCCCGAAUCGUUUGUUGCAGUAGAUCCUCCAGAGCAGAGUCUUCUAUACCCACCCUUGGACUAUCUUCCCAUGGUCUUGCGACCCUUGGCUCUGCUUGGUCUGAUCUUCAGCUGCCUCCUCAUGAUCGCUGGCGUGGUAUUCUGCACCAUCUGGUCCCACCGCCAUGAGGGUCUCUGGGAUUAUAAAGGCCAAAGAGGCUCUCGGUACUUUGUCAUGCAAUUUCUUCCUCAGAUCCUGGCAGCUCCCGUUAUGAUCUGGAGCUUUGUUGUCCAAGCUGCUGUUUAUCGAAUCUCUCCAUUUGCGAUGAUGGCAGCAGAGCGAAAACGGGGAUCCAUCUUGCAAGGCCUGCCCAUCCUCCCCAAGAACUUUGUCUUCCCAGAUUUUUCCCAUUUCCGUUACGGCGAACCUUUGUUUGGAUUUUCGCUUUUCACGAUCUGGCUGUCCAAUUUCUUUGCUAUGCCCCUUCUCAGUUGCAUCUUCCAAGCGAAGUACUACGUCAUUGAUGGGCAAGGUGUGUGGAGAUGGACUUCCGUGCAAGCUGUGGGUUGGACUCUGGUGGCAUCUUAUGGCCUCAUGACCAUUGGUUUACUGCUGCUUGUGAUCAGAUUUAUCAAGGGUUGCACUGGUCUAAUGUGGGACCCAAUUUGUCUGGCUGACUUGAUCUCUCUCAUCCAAAGAUCGAACAUCCUUCAUGAUUAUGAGCACUCGGAGACUGUUCCCUCAGUGAAACAGUCCCUGGAUCCUCGAGUUCUCAGGCUGGGAUACUGGAAGCUAUCCAUGAAGCCUGAGAUCUUUUACGGCAUCGGCGAAGUGGAUGCCCCCAUUCGUACGCCCUCCCUGCACCAGACUGAGAAGAAUCGCGAGAGGCAGCCCCAUGGAAUGGCCAAAGUACGAUUUGAUCUCGAGCACAAUGGUGCUUUUGCCAACGACCCCUUCGAUCACCACCUAUACUCACCCUUUACCCGAUAUCGCUGGACGCCCUGGUUCAUCCGUAAACCGUCUGUCGUCGUAUGGACAAUCAUCGUUUUCGCCUUGUUCAUUGCAUUUGUUACGGUCAGCUUCGUAAACCAUGCGAUCGAGGGCGGAUUCCCACCAAAGCUACCAACUCUACCAUCUAUCAGUGCAUUCUCGUCCUCCAACUUCCUCUAUAGCUUCAUACCGGCGUUGAUUGGGAAUGUGCUGUUCCUCGUCUGGCAGCCGAUUGACAUGUACUUCCGCGCCCUCCAACCCUUCGUCGAACUCUCUGCCCCUACCGGUGCAUCCGCAGAUAAGAGCCUUCUCCUCGACUAUCCAUCGUCCCUCCCCAUUCAAGUGACCAUCCAGGCCAUCAUCAAUGGACACUUCAAGGUAGUCUGGAUCUCAUUGAUGAGCCUCAUCUCCCUCGCACUUCCCAUCUUGGCUGGUGGUGUAUUCAUCGCCCUCUGGUAUCCAGAUCACGACGACGUCCGCAUUUCCUCCCUAAUGCCCGCGUUCUAUGCCCUGAUCGCAUUCUGUGGCCUUUAUGCCGUCUCCUUCCUGGCAAUUUGGCCUGGUCGCCGUCGCUACCUUCCACAUGAUAUUGCCACUCUCGCCGAUCUUAUGAGCUACCUCUACCAGUCCCCCUCCUUGCGGACAAGCUUCUCCGCGAACCUCGCAGCAAAACUGAUCUUGUCACCCGUCUGA